AGAAACUCUCCACGUUGUCCAAGCUCCAUACCUCGGGUUACACACGGCUUAUAGUGACCUCAUCCUACAAGAAUAGCUUGACCUGAUACCUCCCCUGCGCGCUGCUGAGACCAUCUGUCCACGGAAGAAAGGCGCGUCUAACGCGUUGUUGUGCAGCUCCAAAAUCACCUUCAGGCGACAACUGCGCCAGCAUGAGGUGACGUCCACCAACGAGCAAAAUUUAAACGAGGUGUCUAUUGACACUCGAGCAGGAUGGCUCAGACUGAAAGGGAGAUUCUCAACGGCCCUUCCAUUGAUGCGAUGCUACGAGGUCUGACCGAGAGACCAAACGUCCAGUCCACCUUAAUCCUUUCUCGAAAAGAUGGUUCUAUCAUAAGAGUUACAGGCAUCGCUUCCCCUGGGGGUAGAAGUCCUUCCGCUUCUGCGACAACAUACCAAUGGCCACAGGCCGCAGAGUCUAGGGGAGCCGCAGAGGCGUCAGAAAUAGGGCGGCCUAGUACCGCCGAUGAAGCAGAUGCGACAUCAGAUGUCCAACAUAUUGAGAAACCAAUGGAGCGGCUGGCUUCAUCCAUCUUUCAAUUUGUGAACAAUGCCAAUGUUAUGGGGGCAACGCUCGGUGCCGCUUCUCGAAAUGCUGCUCGUCCAGACGGAACAUACACUGGAGAUGUCUAUGGGGAGGCCAAAACAGUUCAGAAGAAAGAGCGAAACAGUGAGGAAGAUGCAGAGAAUGGUAAUACUGAGGAUGAAGUCCAGUUGCUGAGACUGCGCACAAAACACCAAGAGAUCAUCAUUUUCCCGGACCCCAAUUACAUCUGUUGCGUUGUUCAACGGAUCGGCAAGACUGCACCCGGCCACGACAGAAGAUAGCAAGCCGUUGCCGACCUCAGAUUGACCGCUUAUGAUUGACCUAUUCGCUUGAGCGCUUGAACUUGCAUUACCUUGCAGUGGCAUUGAUAAAGUUCAGGAACAAUGGGCAGAAAUAGCCUGGGGUUCCGGACAACAUCCAAUGGUAACAGCAGGAAGUGACGGUGACAGAUAGGGAAAUCAGAUGCAACACAACGCUGAAACAAAGAUAUCAACAUGAUUCUUUCGAGCAUCUAAGUGGAUGACGGACGAAGGAUAGGCUGAUCAAGGCCGCAAUGACCUGCUUGAUUGAGAAACCCUGCCCCAGAUUCUUUAUCUGCCUGCCCAAGUAAGGGCCGCUCUGUUAUCGCGGGGUUAUCGCACUUAUCAGAAACCCAUUGAACAAAUUCCUCCUUUAAUGUCUGACUGG